ACGGCUCCCGCUUCCAUCGCUGGUGAGGCCGGUAUGCGAGCCACCCGCCACUUACUGUCAGGUUUCGAGCGAAGCCACAACUGCGACGAUGUUGUCAGUGCUCCUAGGGUUAGCGGCGAUGGCACCGUGCAUCAUCUGCGGCAGCACCAAUCGCUCUGCAGCAGCGAGCCAGGACGUCUCCGCAGGCCGGCCUCGCACCCUGUACGGCAGCUACGAAGAGAAGCUGGUCCAGAUGCAUGCGUACCACAAGCUCAAGGGCGCCAUCAAGGCCGAGGCCCGAGAGUGCCACAGGCGUUCUUUGUGCCAGGUGGCCAGGGUGUUCGGAUCGCACAAAUCCAGCCACUCUGGUUUACGCCACUUCCUGGAGGCGGUGGCUCAACUGCCGGGUUCUCUGCCAGCCGCGUUUGCCAAGGGCUGGCUCGGACAGGAUUGCCAGGUCGCUUACCGGAGUUGCGACGUCGCCAAAGCGUACACCAAGCGCAUCAUCGCUGCCAUGCUCAGCAUCGAGCCCCCUCCGCCGGAUGCAACGACAUAAAUCCGCGACGUAACGAUCGCUCAUUUUACGCUUCACAACUGCCCUUUGGGUUCCUAGUCAUAGUGCUUCGGAAAAACUUCAGCCGCUAUGUUCGCAGUAUCGGGGCACACCUCCUGGGAAUGAGGCCGGAACACCGUUGUUUCUACGUCACCUCCCGGAGGCCAGCGUGGACAUAGACUGAGUCCUAGCGAUAAUGCUGACGCAGCAAUACGUGUUUAAUUUGUGCCCCGUGUGCUGGCCCCCGGUCUGUGACGUAGAAACUUCGGCCCUACGCGGCCUUGCUACUUAGGAUGUGUGCACUAUAUUUUGACGACAGCUCUCGGUAUAUUCGUAUUUAUCUACUCGCGUUGCUUGACGGUAUUCAGUAUACGAAAAAGAUGUGCAUUCCAUCGUCAUGACGGAGCCGUUUCAACGCUUACAUUCAGUCAACUCUGCUUUUGCGGAUCACGGAAACAAAUUGACGAGCAGGGGUAUUUUUUAGCGUUGAACAAACAAAUUGGAACGUUUCCGGUUAGUGGUAAAACUUCCACGCGAACAUGUGUUUCAACGAAGUGCGCCAUCGAGCAGAUUUCAUGAAACAUUCGUCUAUCCUUCGACACGUAUAGCGAAGUCCGAAUAUAUCGCGAAUGGUGAAUCCUAAAUAACUUCGACGCACCCUUGUUAUUUACCCGUCUUCAUCUCUCAGAUCACAUCAGCAGAUCAUUAAAACCAGCGAUGCCGAGGUUCAUACGCAUCUGCUCAGUUUUAUGUAUAGUGUUUUACUCUGACACGAGCAAAUAAACGAGUGUCACUUU